CCUGAGGCGGACUCUCCGCCAGCCACACAACUGGAGGCCCGGCGGCAGGCUGGGGCUCUCGGGCCGCCACUGGGCCGCUUCCCGGGAUGCUAGGACGCGGGCACGCGGGCACGUUGGGACGCCGGGACGCUGGGACGCUCCUGGGAUGCUGGGAUGCAGGGAUGCUGCUGGGCUUCGCAUCGGGGCGGCUCCGUCAGGGCUCUGAUUGGCCGCCUCUGCGCCGCGCUCGGCCAAUGGAGUCAGCCGCCUGGCCCAGCUCUUCACUUUCCUCCUGCCCAGCGGAGGCUGUGCGCUCUCGGGGGCUGGGAUUGGCUCAAGGAGCUGGAGGGGGCCGAGCCCGCCUCGGUGUCUGGGCUGGGCCGCCGCCGCCGCUGCCGCCGCCCUCAAUGUAACCCCCGUCCGACCCGGACCAGCCCCUGCCCGCGCACGUCGCCGGCCAGACGGUCAGCCUCCGAGCGCCCCGCGCCGGUCCAACAGGCGGUGCCCUCCUUCCCGGGCCAGUUUUCCUGCCUCAGCUCAUGAAAUUUGGCCCUAUCAUUCGGAUGACUAGAGCAGUCUUUCCAGAAGUUUGAUCGGGACAAAAAACGAUGCCAUUUCAGGUCCCUGUGGGCUGCACAGACACCAAGUGUUGGUUUUGCUGAAUCCCUAUGUGAGGAGACCUCGGCCCUGGGCAGUUCCACCCAGACCCAGCUAGUGUGGACCUGUCGCCUCAGCUGAGAGCUCCUCGUUGGCCGCCCUAAGAUGAGAGCAUCUGGAGCCGUCUGCUGAUUCCCACUCUGAGCUUCAGAGCCAGCUUAUGGGGCAAGGGAAAGAGUGACCAUCUGUCCGAAACCCUCAUCAAACCAAAUCAGUCCCUAACAGCAAAGCUGCUUUGAUUUGAGGUAGCAUCCUUUGGAUCCCUUCUGUCCAUCCGUGAGAGCUCCUCUACUCCUCGACCACCACAGAAAAUGGAAUCCAAAGUCUCUGAAGGGGGCCUGAAUGUGACCCUGACCAUCCGCCUGCUCAUGCACGGGAAGGAAGUUGGAAGCAUCAUUGGGAAGAAAGGGGAAACAGUGAAAAAGAUGCGUGAGGAGAGUGGUGCAAGAAUCAACAUCUCCGAAGGAAAUUGCCCAGAGAGAAUUGUGACCAUAACUGGCCCCACUGACGCCAUCUUCAAGGCUUUUGCUAUGAUUGCCUACAAGUUUGAGGAGGACAUCAUUAACUCCAUGAGUAACAGCACUGCGACCAGUAAGCCACCAGUAACACUAAGGUUGGUUGUCCCAGCCAGCCAGUGCGGGUCACUGAUUGGCAAAGGAGGCUCCAAGAUCAAGGAAAUCCGGGAGUCUACAGGUGCUCAGGUUCAAGUGGCGGGGGACAUGCUGCCCAACUCGACAGAGCGGGCAGUGACCAUCUCGGGGACCCCCGACGCCAUCAUCCAAUGUGUCAAACAGAUCUGUGUGGUGAUGCUGGAGGUACAGUCUGUAACAGUGGGGUCCCCACCGAAAGGUGCCACCAUCCCCUACCGCCCAAAGCCCGCCUCCACCCCUGUCAUUUUUGCAGGUGGUCAGGUAAGAGCCGACCCGCUUGCAGCCUCCACUGCCAACCUCAGCCUAUUACUGCAGCACCAGCCGCUGCCCGUUAGUGCGCUCAGGCCUAUACAAUUCAGGGACAAUACGCUAUUCCACACCCGGAUGUCUGGAUGCCAGUCCCCCGGCCAGUACUCAUGAACUCACCAUUCCCAAUGAUGCUGACGUCUGAGGUCACUGGAAUGGGUGCACUCUGAUUUCUACCCACCAUCCUCCAUUCUGCAUCCCGACCCUGUCCAGCCAGUGGCUCUCCACCCAGCUUGUACAAUCUGUAUAUUGACUGUCCUCCCUUCCCCUCGACCCAUAGAUGGGUUUUUCUUUACUAACAAAAAUAUAUAUUACAUAUAUCUAUAUAUCUCUAUAUAAAAGGCCCACGCACACACACACACACACACACACACACACUCACACACUCAGACCCGUUUCUUUACUAGCUCCAGCUUCUGCCCCUGCUGUCUCCUGAGCUCUUAAUUUCUGCUCCAGGUCUGUCCAUGCUUUUGGUGCACGUGUGGUGUUGAUUAUUUUAAAAACCUUCCGGGGUGGUCCCCUUUGUGCCGUUUCUGAAGCCACGUGUUCCUUUAGUGUCAGCCUAGCUUAGCUGUUCCACUGUUUGGUUUGAGAUUUGGAUGCCAUGUUUACUAGAUUAUAAUCGAAUCCAUCCUCUAGAACUACAGUUGCUUUGCAAUAUGUCUUCACUCUCCAAUAUGCCAUUAUGACUGCCCUCCCCCAUCCCCCGCCCCUCCACCCCUCCACCUUCGCUUGUCUCGGCUCACCUUCCACCCUCCGACCCGUGUCCUGAAGCCAUGGAACGGCUUUUCCCUUGUUAUUUUGGAAGUAGAACGUGUGGGGACCAAUGGAGACCUCCAGACAUCUCCACUGGACCCCACACAGGAAAGGUCUUUUCCUCAUGUGGCAGGGUCCAGACAAGCCAUUGUAGUAUUAAUGAGAGCAAGGGGGGAAAGUCAGGUUUAUUUUUUAACUGGGAAAUCAUUUGCUGGGGCUGGGGGAGGGGGGAAUGAAAUGAUCUUAGGAUCCAUGGGGACUGCUGGGAUCUUUCUCAAGACAAUAGCUUCUCAAGAACCUUUUCUUUGGAUCCAGCUCAGGACGCUCCAGUCUCUGUGAGCCUGCCGUGUUUGCUGUUGUUUGUACUCAAUAAAUGUCUGUGCAGCUCUGCGACCAAUGA